GGACACGAGGGGGGACACGGGGAAUCCCCCGCGUCCCGUGCCGGACCGGCGCCCGCGCCGCUCGCUUCCCAUUGGCUACGCAGCCCGUCACUCAGUGACGUCAGGGGAAGUUUUGCGUCGCCAUUGGCUGAGCCCGCGGCGCCGGCCCCGCCCCCCGGAGCGCCCGGGACUCGGGGGGAUGUGACGGGACCCGCGGUCCCCGGUCGGAGUUUCUCCGGGAUCGGGAUGGACACGGGGGCCGUGCUGGCCUGGAGCCCCGGGGGGGACCAGUUGGAGCCCCCGCCCGGACUGGGGGUCAAACUGGGCUCGCUGGUGCCGCUGCUGCUGCUGCCCCUCGCCUGCGGCCUCGCCCCCCUCUGCUGCUUCCGACAGCCCCCCGACCCCCGCAGCCCCGUCCUGAGCCUCGUGAGCUGCUUUGCCGGGGGGGUUUUCCUGGGCACGUUCCUGCUCGACCUCCUGCCCGAUUACCUGGGCAGCAUCUCCGCCGCCCUCGAGGGGCUUCGUGUCACGCUGCAGUUCCCUCUGCCCGAGUUCAUCCUGGCCAUGGGCUUCUUCCUGGUGCUGGUGCUGGAGCAGGUCACGCUGGCGCAGCAGGAGCUGGCCGAGCCCGCCGAGGAGUCGCGGGCGCUGCUGCCCGACGGCUCCAUCCAGAGCCCCCCGGCGCCCUCCGCGGUGCCCCCCUCGGCGGCGGCGGCCCCCGGGGGGGGUGUCCGUGCGGCGGCGCUGGUGCUGGCGCUGGGGCUGCACGGGGCGCUGGAGGGGCUGGCGCUGGGGCUGCGCCCGGGCGGGGCGGCCGCGCUGCGGGUGCUGCUGGCGCUGCUGCUGCACAAGGGCGCCGUGGCCUUCGGCCUCGCCCUCGAACUGCUGCGCCUGCGGCUCCGCCCGCCCGCCGUGGCCGCGUGCCUGGCCCUGCUGGCCCUCGUGUGCCCGCUGGGCGUCGGGGCGGGCACGGCGCUGGCGGCGGCGGGCGCGGGGCCGAGGCAGCGCCUGUGCCGGGCGGUGCUGCAGGGCCUGGCCGGGGGCACCUUCCUCUACGUGACCACCCUGGAGGUGCUGCCCCACGAGCUGGGCGAGCCGGGGAACCGCGUGCCCAAGGUCAUCCUCAUCCUGGCGGGCUUCGCGCUGGUCAGCGCCAUCCUCUUCGUCAGGGGGUGAGACCCAGCCCCCCCCCCACACACACCCGGGGAUGGGAAGACGCUCCCCCCUGGCUUGGGAAAACCCCCCUUUGCCUUGGGGGACCCCUCAGGAAUUCAGUCACCCCCCCUGAGGACCCUCUGAGAAUUCAGUCAACCCCCCCCAGAGACCCUCUGGGAAUUCAUUCCCACUCCAUCGCCUUGGGAGACACUCCCCAGGCUGGGAAGAGACCCCUGGUCUGGGAAAACCCUCUCCUCGCCUUGAGGGACCUCUCAGGAAUUCAGUCACCCCCCCCCUUGGAGACCCUCUGGGAAUUCAGUCACCCCCCCUUGACUUGGGAGACCCUCCCCAGAGUGGCAAGAGACCCCUGGGCUGGGAACCACCUCCCCUCACCUUGAGGGACCCCCUGGGAAUUCUGUCACCCCCCCUCGCCUUGGGAGACCCCCCCCCCCCAGGCUGGGAAGAGACUCCCGGGCUGGGAAACCCUUCCCUUGCCUUGGGAGACCCCCUGGGAAUUCAGUCACUCCCCCCCUCGACUUGGGAGACCCCCAGGCUGGGAAACCUCCUGUCGCCUUGGGAGACCCUCGGGAAUUCAGUAACCCCCCCUUGACUUGAGAGACCCCCCAGGAAUUCAUUCUCACCCCUCGCCUCGGGAGACCCCCUGGGAAUUCAGUCACCCCUUCUGGGGACCCCCCGGGAAUUCAGUAACCCCCCCUCAACUUGGGAGACCCCCAGGAAUUCAGUCACCCCCCCUGGGGACCCCCCAGGAAUUCAGUCACCCCCCCAUCGCCUUGAGAAACCCCCCUGGGAAUUCAUUCCCACCCCCUUUCCCAAAAUGCCAAAGUGCCUCAGUGUCCCCCCCUGCUCCAUCCUCUUCCUCAGCAGGUGAGACCCCACAGCAGGGGAGACCCCCCCGGGCUGGGAAACCCCCCCUCGCCUUGGGGGACCCCCCCAGGAAUUCAUUCCCCCCCCCCCUUUCCCCCCUUUUCCCAAGUGCCAAAAGUGCCUUUCCCAAAUUUCCCCCUCUCUGCACAAGGGGGUCGGUGCUGUGCCCCCCCCCCCUCAGGACCCCGGUGGGGGGGUCAGUGUGUGUCCCCCCAAAACCACAAGUGCCCUUAUGGUGGUGGGGGGGUCCCCAGGCCUCCCCCAGACCCCCCCGGAUUUGGGGGGGGGUCCCCAGGCCUCCCCCAGACUCCCCCGGAUUUGGCGGGGGGGGGUUUGUUGGAUGAAGCAAAUAAAGGAUUGAACAC